AUUCACACUGGAGAAAAACCAUAUCAGUGCUCACAGUGUGAGAAGAGUUUUAAUCGACAGAGUAAUCUCAAAAAACACCAGCGCAUUCACACUGGAGAGAAACCAUAUCAGUGCUUACAGUGUGGGAGGAGUUUUAAUCAACAGAGUCAUUUUAAAAGACACCAGGGCAUUCACACUUCGGAGAAACUAUAUCAGUGCUCACAGUGUGAGAAGAGUUUUAAUCGACAGAGUAAUCUCAAAAUACACCAGCGCAUUCACACUAGAGAGAGACUGUAUCAGUGCUCACAGUGUGAGAAGAGUUUUUAUACACAGAGUGAUCUCAAAAUACACCAGCGCAUUCACACUGGAGAGAAACCAUAUCAGUGCUCACAGUGUGAGAAGAGUUUUAAUACACAGUCUCAUCUCAAAAAACACCAGCGCAUUCACACUGGAGAGAAACCAUAUCAGUGCUCACAGUGUGAGAAGAGUUUCAAUCAACAGAGUAAUCUUAAAAUACACCAGCGCAUUCACACUGGAGAGAAACCAUAUCGGUGCUCACAGUGUGAGAAGAGUUUUAAUCAACAGAGUAAUCUCAAAAUACACCAGCGCAUUCACACUGGAGAGAAACCAUAUCAGUGCUCACAGUGUGAGAAGAGUUUUUAUACACAGAGUAAUCUCAAAAUACACCAGCGCAUUCACACUGGAGAGAAACCAUAUCAGUGCUCACAGUGUGAGAAGAGUUUCAAUACACAGAGUGAUCUAAAAAAACACCAGCGCAUUCACACUGGAGAGAAACCAUAUCAGUGCUCACAGUGUGGGAAGAGUUUUAAUCAUCAAAGUCCUCUCAAAAUACACCAGCGCAUUCACACUGGAGAGAAACCAUAUCAGUGCUUACAGUGUGGGAAGAGUUUUAAUCAACUGAGUCAUUUUCAAAGACACCAGCGCAUUCACACUGGAGAGAAACCAUAUCAGUGCUUACAGUGUGGGAAGAGUUUUAAUCAACUGAGUCAUUUUAAAAGACACCAGCGCAUUCACACUGGAGAAAAACCGUAUCAGUGCUCACAGUGUGGGAAGAGUUUUAAUGCACAGAGUGAUCUCAAAGUACACCAGCGCAUUCACACUGGAGAGAAACCGUAUCAGUGCUCACAGUGUGGAAAGAGUUUCAAUGGACAGAGUGAUCUGAAAAAACACCAGCGCAUUCACACUGGAGAGAAACCAUAUCAGUGCUCACAGUGUGGAAAGAGUUGUAAUCGACAAAGUGCUCUCAAAAUGCACCAGCGCAUUCACACUGGAGAGAAACCAUAG